AGUGGCUAAACUAAACUCUGGAAUAAAUAUCUUAUCGAAAAUAACACUAAAUAGUAUACAUGUUGUUUAUUUAGCUUGUUAUCAGAAAUAAACAACUCUAUUGAUUCUUUGCAAAGUUUACCGGAAGUUACGUUUGUUCCACGAAAGCCGUUUGUUUACGUUGUUACUGCUGAAACCUUCUAUAAUGAUGGGGGCUUAGCUAAGGGACCCACCAUAAUCUUUAACACAAUUUAAACACUAGUGUAGCCUAUAUGAAAUUAUGCAUUCAUGAGGAAAAUAAUUUUAAAUCUACAAUAUAAUAAUAAUAAUAAUAAUACUAUUAAAUGGUAUCGGCCAACCAAUCGUGACAGGUUUGUCUGAUCCUCCAGCAGGUUAGGUUAACAUUCAGCACUCACUGGUUAUUCUACUAGCAAGCUGUCAUAGCAUCUCCAAACACAGCCUAUAGCGGACCGUUUGCUUCGGGAAAAUCCCAUCAUCAUCAUCAUCAUCAUCAUCAGCGUGGACAAACAGACAAUAGGAGAAUUGGAGCGCUUUGACGUUUGUUUACGUUUCAUCCUCGGAAGAUCGCCGCGUUUACGUUCGUCCCUCGGAAUGCCUUCGUGACGUCAUAAGAGCCAGACGUUCAAUUCGGAGUUUUGAAACAAACACCUGUUAUCUCUCAUACAGACAUCUCGCGCGCGCGUUAACAUUCAAGAGAGAAAAGGUUUCCAAAUCGCGCUCCACACGCCCACUGCGGGCGCACUGAAGCCGUCUAAUCUCCGGCAGCCAAACUAAAGCCGUUUAGGGAUCCAUUUAGUGAUAAGCCCGACCAGAUAACAUGGAUGGUGAAGAAUUUGCAAUGCCGAGAGCAACCAUGGCUGGGUUUGUAUGGCGUGGAGACUAAAAUCCGGCGGCAUCGAGCGCGUUAUUAUUAAUAAAUCAGGCUUUGCGCAUCAGUCUGGGACUUUGCUUUCUGGAUUUCCAGUAAGAAACGUAUCCAUAGCUACGCGAUUAUGGGCAAAGACGAAUGCAAAACCAUGUUGGAUGCGCUGAAUAAAGUCACGGCUUGUUACAGGCAUCUUGUCAUCGCUUUGGGCAGCACGUCGGAUUCACAAAAUCUACGAGAGGAGCUGAAAAAGACCCGGAAAAAAGCGCAGGAGCUGGCUGUGGCCAACCGGACUAAACUGACGGCUCUGUUGAAAGACAAGAGCAUCAGUAAAGAUGACCGCGCCGAAUACGAGCGACUCUGGGUGCUCUUCACCAGCAGCGUGGAGCUACUGGAGGUGGACAUGAAACGAUCGCUGGAGAUCGGCCAGGAUUUCCCGCUGAAAGUGCCCACGAGACAUCUCAUCCAGACCGGGAUGACCGGAAGCACCACGACCGUGGCCGCGCGAGCCAUGAGCGUCCAAAACAUGAAGUACGAAGGCGACGCGAACAUCGACACCGCCGAUCUCAAAGACCUGGAGACUGAGAUCGCUCAGGUGGACCAGAUGAUGGAGGAGAUGGAGAUGAAGGUCCAGGUGGCCCCGUGGGCCGUGGAGGCGAAACAGGAAGCGGGCGCAGAGUUAAAAUCAACAGUCAGUGUUGGAAACUCGUCUGUCGGUGUGAUUUCAAUUUGCGAGGAGGAACCCAAAGAAACGGUGGAUGGAGAAACUGAUUUGAUGAAAGUAUUCGCAGGCAUCAUUUUCACGGCUGUUUUACUGAUUGCCGGGAUUCUGGGAUAUCUUGUGAUCAAUCUUUGAAUCAAGAUGCUCUCCAUAUUGGCCGGAGAUUGUGAUAUGUGUAUAAUUUCACCUUUCAGGAUGACAGUGGCUCAGGGCUUUAGAUUUUGUGUGUGAAUGUACAUGAAGACAACGAUAGAUACAUGUAGGGAUGUAUGUGUGAAGGCGUAUGAUGUCUUAAUGCGCUUGAUGUGGAGAUCACAUCACCUUGCCAACAUUUGGAUAGGAAGUAUUAAGAAAAUACAUCAGUGUUUGAAUGGAAUACCUAAAAGGUUAUUUGUCAGUUGGGUUGCAAAAUUCUGGGAAUAUUCAAGGCUGGAAACUUUCCUUUGGAAUUAAUGGGAAUCUAUGGGAAUAAUGGGAAUUCAAUGCAGUAUUAAACAACAAAAUUUCUACCCUGUUGCACAUUAUUCAGUCACAUGCACACAUCAUGUGUAUGUACUUGCAUUCUUCUAUAACAUGCACAGAUCAUUUCUUGAAUCCUGCACACAAAAUAAUGUCAAAAUGUCUAUCUUUGCAUGUAUUCACGUAAAUUACAUACAUUUGUUUAAAACGUCCUUGUGCUUUGUGUAAGCUAGUGUGCAACUACUUUAUACCGUUGUAAAGACUGACUGAGAAAACAUGUCUCUUAUGCUCAUCAAGCCUGGAUUUAUUUCAUAAAAAAAAGAUAAAUUAAGAUAAAAUAUUAGUUUUUUUUAUUUGUAUUACCUUGCAUGCAUGUCUGCUUAUGACCAAACAAGUUGUUUAUUUAUGUUUGCAUAUGAUAUACUUUAUAUACAUUUCCCAAAAUCUCCAAAUAAUUCCCAUAAAUUCCGGUUAAGUUUCCAAUAUUUCCAAAAUUCCCCAGAUUCCCAUGGAAAGUUUCCAGAUAUUUGCCUGAAACUUUCUGCCCCUUUGCAACCCUAUUUGUCAGUGUGUAUGGUUCCUUUAACAUACAGAGAACAUUUAUGUUGCACAAUAUGGUUUGUAGUAAAGAAAAA